GAACAGUAUUUGAACAUGUUAUUCUGUGAAGGUAUCACAAUGGCUGACCGAAAAGCAGAGCUAGAGAGAAAGAAGGCCAAGUUGGAAGAGCUACGAAAAGAGAAGCAAAGGAGGCAACAGGAAAGAGAAAGGCAAGAGGUGGAAAACUCCCAUCGAGUUCUUAGAGAAGGUGACCAGAAUGUCACAAUGGAUGAUCUUUUGAAGCGUGAAGGUUUGAAACCAGUGUCUGAUGUGCUAUCAACUUAUGUGCCGUCAACACAAGAACCAAGCAAUCAAUCAACACCUGAUUCCAGUCUAGUCCAAUCACCACUUAUGACACGCAAAAUGCGAAAGAAACCCCAGUUGACCAAAGUGAGUGUCCAAACAACCGACAUUCCGCCAAAAGAAACUGUUACUUAUGCCAAGCAGACUCAAACAGUUGCUAGCCCGGAAAGAGGAGGAUACUACCAUGAUUUAUGGAGAGCGCGCAAAGCCCACCAAGUCGACUACUACGAUGAAUAUAACCUCAAUCCGGCUUUAGAGUGGGAUGAUGAGUUCCCAGUUCUCACCUACGACAGGGCGGAGGAAGAUGACAGUUCACUACCUAACCUCGACGGCAGCUACGCCUCGCGCAAUUCUGUUUUGCCACCUGGAAUCCUUCCGCACGGAAUGCCCCAAGUUAAAGAUGUCAAGCCGGCCAUGACGUCAGUGGAAGAGGCAGCUUUCAAACAGGAGUCGCAGCCGCAGAAUAAACCACCUCGAGAACUAAGCGAAGAAGAGAAGCAAAUGAUUCUGAUGACGGAAGAUUUCCAGCGAUUCUUUGGUCAAUCCUCUCGCAUCAUCGAACGUGCUCUUAGCGAACACGUCGACAUCUUUACAGACUACACGGGGGCUUCUGAAACCGACAAUAAUGUAGAUGACCGUUCUGGCUACAAGAUUCAUUUGAACCGCUGCUUCUAUGACGAACGCUGGUCGCGCAAUCGCUGUGUGACGUGCAUGGAUUGGUCGCCACAAUUUCCAGAGUUGUUGGUUGCAUCGUAUCAUAACAACGAAGAUUCACCACAUGAUCCCGAUGGCGUUUGUCUUGUCUGGAAUACUCGCUUUAAGAAAUCGACACCCGAGUACAUCUUCCACUGUCAAUCCCCCGUUCUCUCCUGCUGUUUUGCUCGAUUCCACCCCAACUUGAUCUUGGGUGGCACAUAUUCCGGAAAAAUUGUCCUGUGGGAUAAUCGCAGUCCCAAGAGGACACCCGUCCAACGUAGUCCCCUAUCCGCAAUGGCUCACACGCACCCGGUCUACUGCCUAAGUGUAGUUGGAACGCAAAAUUCGCACAGUUUGAUUUCGAUUUCAACUGACGGGAAAAUGUGCUCGUGGAGUUUAGAUAUGCUGGCACAACCGCAGGAGACGCUGGACUUGCAACAGCGCCAAAGUCGUGCCGUUGCCGCGACGUGCAUGGCCUUCCCCCAGCCCCAAUCCGACAUCAACAAUUUCAUCGUUGGUAGCGAGGAAGGCACAAUCUACUCCGCUGGUCGUCACGGACCGCGUGCCGGAAUUAUCGAUACCUACGAGGGACACCAAGGACCAAUUCGUGGCAUGGACUGUCACAACUCUCAAGGACCUAUUGAUUUUUCACACCUCUUUCUUACGUCCUCUGUCGACUGGACCGUUAAACUUUGGAGUCUCAAGGAGAACAAACCAUUGUAUUCAUUUGAAGACAAUGGUGAUUAUGUCUAUGACGUAGCUUGGUCUCCAAUUCAUCCAGCUGUGUUCGCCACAGUGGACGGCAUGGGCCGUCUUGAUGUUUGGAAUCUUAAUCAAGACACAGAGGUACCAGUUACUAGUAUUAAUGUUGACGGCAAUCCUGCCUUAAAUCGUGUCAAGUGGACCCAAUCUGGAAUGAAUCUCACUGUGGGCGAUGAUAAUGGGCGAAUUUGGGUUUAUGAAGUUGGAGAGCAAUUGGCUGUUCCAAGAGCAGACGAAUGGACGCGGUUGGUACAUACACUUCAAGAGUUGCAUCAAAAUCAGCUGGAUGAAGACAUGGAAAAAAUGAAUUUCGGAGUAGGAAGUAGUAGCCUUGGCAGUGGACCUGCCAGUAGUAGCCUGGGAAUCGGCAGCAGCAUUUCGCAGUUGGCCGGAACCACUUCCCCUCCGAGCAGCUUGGGCAGCAUGUCUUCCUCUUCGUCUGCUCCACUCCGCUAGCCAAUUAAUCCGCUUUUAUUUGGGUCUUUGUACACAUGUUAACCCAAGUACCUCAAGGAUCCUGUUUUUGCCGACGUGCUUUCUAUACCUAUCAUUGUUUUUUUUUUGCUUUUGGAAUGGGAAUAAUGCACGUAUGGGUACUUGAAAUUCUAUCCAAGAUUAAAUAUUGAAUUACAUAAGACUUCACCAACAAAA